AUGUUUAGAAAUGUAAGGGAUUAUUUCAAAAAUAAUAAUGAGGGUGAAGAAAAUGAGGAUAAUAAUAUUAACAAAUCAGGUGAUCAUGAAGGUGAAAAUGGGUUAGAUAAUUCUAAAGGUCCAUUAUCUUCAGAUGGUAAUUUAAAUGAGCAGAAACGUGAUGAUGGAAAUGUAAGUAAUGAUAUAAAUAUGUUAGGUUCAAAUAGUUGGAAUGAUAAAGAAGCAUCUGAGUUAGAGAAAACAAAACAAAGUUAUAAUGAAAUGGAUUCUCGAACUUGUGAUGAAGAUAAUGGAAUAGAUGGUAGUGAAUUGAAAAGAAGAAAAAUAAAUGAUACAGAAGAAUUAGAAAAUGGAAAUAAUAAUGAAGUGGUAAACGAAGAAAUUAGUGAAGAAAAAGUAAAUUAUUUACAACAAAAGUUAGAACAAUUAUUAGCAGAAACAAAAAGAUAUACAGAAAAAUUAUCUGGACAAAGAAUACAAAUGAAUACCCAAGCAAAAAGAGAUAAAAGUCGAAGAUGUGCUAUGACUGAAAAGGAGGAAGAUUAUGUAUUAUUGAAAGAAGCAGAUGAUGAUGAUGAUACAUUAAUUAUUAAGCAACCUCGAAAUAUUAGUGGAUGCAUGAAACCAUAUCAAAUAGAAGGUUUAAAUUGGUUAUAUCAAUUAUAUAGACAUAAAAUAAAUGGCAUUUUAGCAGAUGAGAUGGGUUUAGGAAAAACAUUACAAACAAUAAGUUUAUUAUGCUAUUUACGAUUUAAUAAAAAUAUAAAAAGAAAAAGUAUAAUAAUUUGUCCAAGAUCAACUUUAGAUAAUUGGUAUGAAGAAAUAAAAAAAUGGUGUACUGAAAUGAAACCAUUUAAAUAUUAUGGAAGUAAAGAUCAAAGAAAAGAAUUAAAUAGAACAGUAUUACAUUCUGAUUAUGAUGUAUUAUUAACAACUUAUGAAAUAGUUAUAAAAGAUAAAAGUGCUUUAUAUGAUAUAGAUUGGUUUUUUUUAGUUAUUGAUGAAGCACAUAGAAUAAAAAAUGAUAAGAGUGUUUUAAGUUCAUCUGUUCGAUUUUUAAAAUCAGAAAACAGAUUAUUAAUUACUGGUACACCUUUACAUAAUAAUUUAAAAGAAUUAUGGUCUUUAUUAAAUUUUUUAAUGCCUAAGAUAUUUGACAAUUCAGAAGAAUUUGAUAACUUAUUUAAUAUAUCUAAAAUAAGUACUAAUGAUAAUAAACAAAGUGAAAUAAUAACACAAUUACAUACUAUAUUAAAACCAUUUAUGCUUAGACGAUUAAAAGUAGAAGUAGAACAAUCUUUACCCCCUAAAAGAGAAAUAUAUAUAUUUGUGGGUAUGUCAAAAUUACAGAAAAAAUUAUAUUCAGAUAUAUUAAGUAAAAAUAUUGAUGUUAUUAAUGCUAUGACAGGUAGUAAAAAUCAAAUGCUAAAUAUUUUAAUGCAAUUAAGAAAAUGUUGUAAUCAUCCAUAUUUAUUUGAUGGAAUAGAAGAACCUCCAUAUAUUGAAGGAAAUCAUCUUAUCGAAACAUCUGGAAAAAUGUCAUUAUUAGAUAAAUUAUUACCUAGAUUAAAAAAAGAGAAUUCUAGGGUUUUAUUAUUUUCUCAAAUGACUAGAUUAUUAGAUAUUAUUGAUGAUUAUUGUCGAUGGAAAAAAUAUGAGUAUUUACGAAUUGAUGGUUCAACUGUUGGAGAUGAAAGACAGAUAAGAAUUAAUAAAUUUAAUGAGCCUAAUAGUAAAUAUUUUAUUUUUUUAUUAUCAACUAGAGCAGGAGGUAUUGGAAUAAAUCUAACCACUGCCGAUAUUGUUAUAUUAUUUGAUUCAGAUUAUAAUCCACAAAUGGAUAUUCAAGCAAUGGAUAGAGCACAUAGAAUAGGACAAAAAAAACGAGUUAUUGUUUAUAGAUUUGUUACUCAAAAUUCUGUAGAAGAAAAGAUUGUUGAAAGAGCAGCAAAAAAAUUAAAAUUAGACUCUUUAAUUAUACAAAAAGGUAAAUUAAAUUUAAAUAAUAAAGAAAAUAAUAAACAGGAAUUACAUGAUAUAUUAAAUUUUGGAGCUCCUGAAGUUUACAAAACACAAGAUAUAUCUUCAAUUUCUGAUGAAGAUAUUGAUAUAAUUUUGGCUGAUGCUGAAAAGAGAACUAUUGAAAUUGAAAAAAAAUUAAAAAACCUUGAAAAUAUUUUUGAUUUAACUAAUAUAUCUUUAGAUGGUGGAUUAAAUAUGUAUAAUGAUUUGGAAAAAGAAGAAUCGGAUGACUCGAGUGAUGAAGAUGGAAGUGAUGAGGAUGACGAAGAAGAUGAUGAAGACGAUGAAAAUGAAUCGGAAGGUGGUGAUGGAAAUAAUUUAGAUAAUCAGGUUGGAGAAGAUGGAAUAGUAGAUGAAACAUUAAAGAAGAAGAAAAAAAAGAAGAAAAAAAAAAAAUUACAUAAAUCAAAAAGUACUAUUAAGAAAUUUUUAAAAAAUAAUAAAAAACAUAUGAUAUUUUUAGAUUUAGGAGAACGAAAAAGUAAAUGGAAAGUUAUGAACACAGCAUGUACAAAAACUAAUAAAAAAAAAAUAAUACUUUGUGGAUGGAAAGCAGAAGCAAGAGGGGGUCAUGAUUUUCAAUUUUUUAAUAAUGAAAAAUUAGAUGAAUUAGAAAAGAUUGAAGAAAAAUGGAAUAAUUAUCAUAUAAAUCAACAAAAAAUUAAAGAAAUUGUUGAAGCACAAAAUGAGAAAGAAGACUUUGAAAAAAUAGUUAAUAUACAUGAAUUUUUAACACACCAUGGAAAAGAUAUAUAUAAUUUGAUUAAUCUUAUAAAUCCAAACAUUUUGAAUGAGGUUAAUACUGGUGAUAGUACUGAAGAGAAGGAUGGAGUUAAGAAUCCCGAAGAGGAUGGAAAUGAAGGAGGUAAAAAAUUAAGUGAUUUUAAUGGUGCAGUAAAUAUAUAUAGUAAACAUAAUGGGGUGAGUAAUGAAAGCCGAAACACCGAUGAUAAAAAUGGUGAAAGUAAAGAUAUGGAUAACGAGUUUUAUAAGAGCAAAAUUAUUAAAUUGUUAGAGACAAAAAAAAAAAUGAAUAUGAUACGAUUUAGGGAAAAAAAUGUGAAAAGCUGUUAUGAAUAUAUGAUAAAUUUUGUUAAAAAAAACUUAGUUCCUAGUUCUAAUGGGGAUGCAGGAACUGGUAGUAAUAAUAAAAAAAAUAAAAAUAAUAAUAAAAAAGUAAAGAAAGAAGUAAGCGAAGAUAUAUCAACUAUUGAUAUUGAAGAAAUAAAAAUGGAAAAACAAAAAUUAUUAAAGCAAGGAUUUGCAAAAUGGAACAAAGCUGAAUUUAAUAAAUUGAUGAGUGCAUUGAUAAUUCAUGGGUGUGAUAACAUCGAUUAUAUAUAUGAGAAAUAUUUUCUCAAUUCAAAGAAAUCUAUGGAGGAUAUAAAAAGUUAUUUGAAAGUUUUCUUCAGGAAAUAUGAUCAAGUAAAAGGGGGUAUACGAUUGUUUGAGAAAAUUCGAAACUCAGAUUUGCAGAGGCAGAUUAUACAGGAAGAAAACGACAUGAUAGCUAAUUAUGUUGAAAAGCAACUCGCUAAUGGCGUUGAUACAAUUGACAAAUUGCAACUCCCUCCAAAUUUUCGUUACGAAAAUGUGUAUAUUCAACCAGAGCCAGUCAAUACAACUGGGGGAGCAAAUGAUGCAGUCGAGAAAGUAUCUGAAGAAGAAAUUCUUUAUUUCGAAAGAGAAAACAAAAUAUUGCUAUGGUUGUUGUAUCAAGAGGGUGUAGUUCAAACAAAAAGUAUUCAUAUUUUGACACCAUAUUAUUGGGCUGAGACCUACAAUUUUUUCAAGUAUGCAACAACUCCACUGGAAAAUAUUGAAUACAGGUGUCGACUGAUUGUCGAUGCUAUCAUGGAAUUAAAUAGAAAGAAUAUAAAAUCUUCCAAUAGUAAGGAAAGAAGAAGAGGUUAA